AGCGGCCGCGGGUGCCGGGGCUUUUGGCUGGGCCGCGCCGCUGCCCGUCCCGCAGCGCUCCGGCGGAGAGAGCAGCGAGAGCAGCGGACGCCGCGACCGCGCGAGGCAUGAACCGGGCUCAGCGCGGGGCCGCGGGCAGCCGCGGCCUGGGCACCAUGGAGGUGAAGAGCAAGUUUGGGGCAGAAUUUCGACGAUUUUCUCUGGAGAGAUCCAAACCUGGAAAGUUUGAGGAGUUUUAUGGAUUACUGCAGCACGUGCACAAGAUCCCAAACGUUGAUGUUCUGGUGGGGUACACGGACAUUCACGGAGACCUGCUGCCUAUCAAUAAUGAUGACAAUUAUCACAAAGCAGUUUCCACAGCCAAUCCUCUCCUCAGGAUUUUCAUUCAGAGGAAAGAAGAUGCAGACUACAGUGCCUUCGGGACGGACACCGUGACGAGGAAGAAGAACGUCUUAUCCAACGUGCUGCGUCCGGAUAACCACAAGAAGAAACCCCACAUUGUCAUUAGCAUGCCCCAGGACUUCAGGCCCGUGUCCUCCAUCAUAGACGUGGAUAUUCUGCCCGAGACCCACCGCAGGGUGCGGCUCUACAAGUACGGCACCGACAAACCGCUGGGCUUCUACAUCCGCGACGGCUCCAGCGUCAGGGUCACCCCGCACGGGCUGGAGAAGGUGCCGGGCAUUUUCAUAUCCAGGCUGGUCCCCGGGGGGCUGGCUCAGAGCACGGGCCUGCUGGCUGUCAACGAUGAGGUGCUGGAGGUGAAUGGGAUAGAGGUGUCAGGAAAAAGCCUCGAUCAAGUUACAGACAUGAUGAUUGCGAACAGCCGCAACCUGAUCGUCACGGUCAGACCCGCCAACCAGAGGAACAACGUCGUGAGGAACAGUCGGACUUCGGGCAGCUCCGGCCGGUCCACUGAGUCCAGCCUUCCCAGCAGCACUCCAAACAUUCUGGGGAGUCUGCUGCAAGGAGAAGAGGAGAGCGAUGAGGAGGACAUUAUUAUCGAAGACAGUGGCGAGCCACAGCAGAUCCCAAAAGCUGCGCCUGCCAGCGAAAGCAUAGAGUCCUUAUCACAAAUUGAACUCCUCCACGAGUCCACACAAAAUGGAUUCCUUCCUUCCAGUGAGAUGAACUUGAAUCACUCAGCAGGCAGCAUUAGCAUGGAGUAUGAAGUCCCAGAGCCAGGGCGUUUUUGUGAUGAUGCAGACAUUGCUGCAGAAACAAAUCCCUGCUGUUUGAUGUUACAAAGUGCACAUUGGAAAUUAGUAUCUGGUGAGCAGUAGUUUUCUCAAACCUCCAAGGCCUUUGGAGUCCAAGGUGCCAGGAGAGGCAUUCAUCUCCCUUAGGAUUUAUGGAGAAUAGGCACAGCAGGCAGUGGUACUCUGCAAAUACAGGUGAGGGGCUUUUUUUGUUACACUUAUUUAUGGUUUCUCUGUGUGUGUGUGGAGAGCCCUGGAAUCUUUUACAAGAGCAAGGUCUUUCAAGUGUUUCACUUGUUUUGCUAAUAAUUAUUGAAAAUGAAGUAACUGUUUCCCCUCAGUGUGAAAUGAGAAAAAGAAAUGUUCAUUCUGCAACAUGGAGACUUUACCUGUGCAUGUUUUCUCUCAGUGCUGCUCUACACUUCCUUUCUUUAUGGAAGAUUGUUUACUUUGAAAAUAUCUUUAUAUUCCUUUGUCACAAGGCUUUCCUUCCUGUAUGAAAUCACCAGUGGAGGGUGAGACUCAUUAUUCUGCUAGUUUGCACUUCUGUGCCUUUGGUUUACUUGAAUGUAUUGUGAAUAAUCAAAGGAAUAAAGGCACUUGGAUGGGAAGAGAAGAGAGGUCCAGAGAAGGAACUGGUAGUGCACUUGGUGCAGGUGUAACGUUCUCAUUCCAUGCAGAUCCCCUCUGGGGCUGAUGUGGCCCGUGAGGAUUUCACAGCUCAGAUCACAGCUGGGAGCUUGGAGUUGCCUGGGGGGGCUGAGUGUGGCCAGGAACUGGGCAGGUGCCAGCCCCGAGGCUGCUGUGCUGCCAGGCCUGUGUGUGGGUAGUUGGAAUAAUAUUUAUGCCAGUAUUAAGGACUUGUAGAAAUUUAACUGAGGUCCUGCUCUAAACUGCAUGAGACUUCAUCUCCUAGGACCUCUCCUGCAAACUGAGUAAUCUAAACCUGAGAUAAUGGUAUUUUUGACAUAGAUCAUGUUCUGUUUCACAGAAAUUUGGUGACAUGUAGUAAAACUAAGCAUUUGGGACUUGAUAAAAACUUAAAAUAAUAAAACUGAAGAAUAUGUAUUUACAGGUACAAUGACAGACUGCACAGCAUGUAAUUGCUUACUGCUGCAGUUACCAUAAACUUUCUAAAGUUCUUCCAUAUCUUACUAAUAAAUACACUGCUAAUUACAAAAGAUUUUUAAAUUGCUACUUAGGGAUGAUCAAUGGUUGAUUAUGAGUGGCUAAAUUUAAUUUUAUAUAUAAAUGAUACUGGGGUUCAGUAUAAGGUUUUUUAAAAUAUGCUGAUAUUGUUAGCCUUUCAUUCACUACCUCCUAAAUUUUUAACAUCUAUACUGUUUUCUCCCUGGAAGACAAUACUUUAAGGCUUGACUGUUUUAUAUAGAUUUUAUCUAUAGCUAAAAAAAGGAGAAAAAAAAAAAUCCAGCAGUGAUAGUGAGGAUGCUGCGCAUGAUCGACAAUGUUACGCUGCUAUUGAUGUAAUCUGUGUGUUAAGUAUCCUGUGUGUGUGAAUUGUAUUUUCAAUCCAGAUUUUAGAAAUUAAUUUAUGAAAUACCCAAAUUAUUUCAGAAUGGAAUGAAAAACUAAAAUUCCUUUGACUAGUGUUACAUGUUGUGUACAUGCACAGAGGGGGACAAGUGAUUCCUCCCUGGUGGCUGGGAGAUCCAAGUGCACCUUAAUAGGAAGAACAAAUUCUUAGUAGAAUUAAGAUGCAUUUAUUUUAAAGUUCUGCUGUGGUACUGGAGAAGUCAAGCCUAACUGUGAAUCAUAUGUUUUUUUCCACACCUGAAUUAAAUUUAGGACAAUGUUCUCACAAGCUGUCUUUAACAUGUGUAUUUUUGUGAAUAUUAUGUAUUUUCUAAUUAAAUUUUACUUGCAAUGUGAUUUUUACAUGAAUGAAUUUGUUUAAAAUGUCAAAUAUCAGUAUUUUUCUUACAACUUUAAUGUAUAAUGUACAUUGGUAUCUCACCGAAUGAAGACUGAUUUUACAAAAAUCAAGCUAGAUGUAGUUGUAUAUUAGUCUUAUAUUUUUACAGACCAAAAUAAUAAAUGGAUAUAGAAAU